AUGGCGACAGCAGCUGUCUUCGGCUCCACUGGGGCGGUGGGCUCGCAAAUCCUGGCAACGCUUCUCGCCUCGGACACGUUCUCCUUCGUCAAGACGGUGUCACGAAGAAUCCCAAACACCCAGUCUCCAAAGCUUGAGGCUCUGCAAGAAAGUGACAACUCGAAAUGGGGUGAUAUGAUAGGCUCCUUGACUCCCAAACCGUCGGUGGUUUUCAACGCAGUUGGCACCACCCGAGCUGCAGCUGGCGGGAUCCAGAAUCAGUGGAAGAUCGAUCAUGACUUAUGUAUCGAAAAUGCCAAAGCUGCCAAGGCAGCGGGGGUGAAGACUUAUGUCUUUAUUUCUAGUGCAGGGACCAGAGGCUUCCUGUCUAGUCGUGUCCCUUACUCGAAAAUGAAAGUUGGUGUGGAGGAUGCCAUCAAGGAACUGGGUUUCGACCACGCGAUUAUCCUGAGGCCGGGAAUGAUUCUCGGGAGAGAAAAACCCAAAGCUGCAUUCUUUGAGAGCAUCGUGGGGAGCCUUAACAAGUUGGGACAGGGUCUCCAGGAUCGAAUCGGUCAGGAUCAGACUAUUAUUGGCAGAGCUGCUGUAGCUGCAGCCCGAAUCGCCGAAGAAGGCAAAGCACCCUCCGAAUUUUGGGCUUUGGGACAGGCUGAUAUUGCAUCUAAGCUCUGCCCAUAUGAUCUAAGCCACGUCGGCUAUUACUUCACAAUGUCGAACCCAAAUCGGUCGCGACGCAUCCCGCCAGGUGCUCCCACAUUGAUUGGACAUAACGAAGAAGACAUACCACCCGACGUGUGGGCCCAUUAUCUACUUUCAACGGAAUGGACCAAAGGAGCUGGUCUAGUUCAGGAGCUGCAGACCAAAUCACCCCAGCGAGAACUACAAACGCGGCUCCAGACCGUGGAGGAGACUCAUCGCAGGCUUGGGAAUUUGAGAUUUGUGGCGUCUGCGCUCGUCCAGGUCGUUGGAUUUGAGGCAAAAACUGAAUGUACCUGCUGUCAACGAGGACAAGGUCCUUGGCCUGGAUGCAAAGUGCUUCCUGGUUUCCUCGAUGGCGCUUGCGCCAAUUGCCAGAGGAAUGGCAAACGCCGAAUAUGCAGCCUUUAUCAUCACAAAACAAGGAGCAGCAGUAACAGCCAAUCCUCGCUUGGCGUUGCCCAGGACGCGUUCGACAACCAAGCAACACGACAAACUAUCUCGACAAACCCAAACAAGCGCAAGCGACAGGAUUCCAACGACGGGCCCGAAUAUCUAUCUUCUGACGGAUCACCCUCUCCGAAUAUGAAUGCCACGAGGACGGAGCACAUCCAAACAGUUGAAACUAUGCUCCCCAGACCAUCUACUACGCAACCCAACGAGACUAGCACCUUCAGGGAGCUCUGGGUAAACCUGGCAGAUGUCGAGCACCCACCUUAUGACUGGGAUAUGCAUGUUACUAUGGGAAAUAUGGAAAAACUUCGUCUAGACUGGUCACAGAACGAGGUCGCAACUAGUGUCAUCGAAAACAGUCUGUCAUCCGCGGAGAUCAAUUCACUCAGGGAUGCGCUGAAGAAACUGUCACCAAAGGUCCAGGCUAUUCUUCGGGAUAUCAAGUCGGAAGAGGAUUCCAGCGCGGUGCGUGGCGCGAUAAGCUACGUGGAAGGGCUCGGCGAGAUUGAACCCAAAAUCAACGCUAUGGAAAAUGGCCCUGUCAAGGAAGCUUAUGCAAAUCUUUACUCUCACUUCGAGUCCUUCGGUACUCCAAACGCAGAUACAACUGAAAUCACCCGAUAUGGGACUUCUCGCCCGUCGCUCGGAAUCAACGAGGUCCGCCUGCAGCUCCUGCGGUCCUUCCAACAAGAAGGAGCUCGUGUUAGCCAAGAAGCAGAUUCUCUCCGACAAUCUCGUCAGGCUGAAGUGGAAGAGCAACGCAUCGGCCAGAAAGAAGUUGAUAAACAGCUGCGCAGAGAGCUGGAUUCUGAAAGUCCGAACAUCAUUUCUCGGAGGCGUCCGGUAUCGACCGCUUGGCGCAAAGUUGAACCAGAAGAAUGA